AUGGCCGUGUUUGAUGUUGAAUUUCUUACGAUUAUCCUUUCGGCGUUUGUCAUAUCGCGAAUUGACCCCGUUGUAAAUCUGCUUCAUCGCAUUCUUCGUGGACUGACGAUCUAUCUACCGCCCAGCGACGCUGCGUGCGAAGGUGUCCUAAAGCCCAUUCCGAAGAAUUGCAAAGACAAGGAUGGAUAUGUGCAGAAGGAGGUUAGCGAGGUGCCACACAAAGUGGAAGCUCUUUUGGAGCUAGGAAAACGCGAUAUAACGAGCUUCUAUAUAGAUAAAUUGAAUUAUCGCGAUCACUUUUGGUGCUUGCUCUUUUUGCUCGGAAUCUGUGUUAUAACGGUGGGAGUCGUUCUGUUCCGCAGCUUUGUGCUCGGAUAUCCGUCGUCCCACAUUUUCCUAUAUCUUCUCCUUUUCACGUUUAUUUUCUGUCUUCUCUGCCUCUACACGCUCAUCCAGAACGGAGAGAAGACCCAGGCGAGUCUCGCCCAACUCCUCUUCUAUUACAUCUUCUCCGUCAUCUUCUGCCUCUGUCUACUUAGUGUCAGCGAUCGGCUUCUCGGAAUCGAUCUUCUGUCCUCCUGGCGCCACCUCGAAGAAAAUUUUGUGGCACUUUCCCGCCAACUUGGACUUCCGCUCCACAUUUCCCUCCAAAAAGAUUUCCUCUCCGUUCUCUUCGCGCUUUCGCUCGGCCUGCUUCCCGUCUCCCUCGUGAUGUGUGCCUUCCGUUACGGAAUGCUUGUCGAGUUCGGAUCGAGAUCUCUCCUCUCCGCCGUUGCGACGCACCUUCCCCUGCUGAUUAUUUUGCUCAGCAUCCCGGCAGUCUCGUUAGAUCGCUUCGAAGGCCGCAUGAUCGGCGGUGUCCUGUAA